UUUUGAAAAUCUCCCAGGAAGUGCAUUUGCGCCUUUAAGACUUGAUGCUAGUAUCUGUCAAAUCUUCAGUAAAAUGCCGGCUGCCGUCAUCCUCUCGGGUUAGUGCGCUGGGCUCAGCUGACAGCUGCCUCCGGGUUCAGUCUCCGGGUUCAGUCUCCGGGUUCAGUCUCCGGGUUCAGUCUCCGGGUUCAGUCUCCGGGUUCAGUCUCCGUGUAAACGGCUCUUCCAGGAGGUUCCCUGCUCACCGGAACACCGCGUCUUCUUUUGCAACCAUGCGUUUAUUUCCCUAUGCAACACUGUGCGCUGCGACGACAAGUGGGUUGAAUGAAGUAAAAGUCGGAUGUAGACAUAAUUUCAAGGACCAAUGAGAAGAAGAAGUUGUAUCUGUUUUACAGUUUUAUAUUGCACAACUCUAUGGAUGGAUCUCUGGGACAUAACUGCAUCAGACGGCUGCUGGCAUGCUGUUCAACUUUGAAGGACAGUGCUGCGGUAAGGAAGCUUUGUCUUCACCAGCUGCUGCAAAAACUAUGCAUAGCACCUGAUAGAAGACACAAAACAAAACUCAUAAGUAGAAGUCCUAUGCAACAGGAUAAGAGCAACAAGCUUUACAGAAACUGGAUCUUUUAUGACCUUUGAUAUUCUGAGGGGUCAAGGACAAGACCAAAAGGGAGACAAAGAACCGAUCUACAGGACUAGAUCGGUUCCCCACUCUCUGGGCUAAUACUUGCACUGCUGCUUGAAUUUCCUUGAACUUUUGAGGCCUGGAUUGGAUGCUGGAAUCAGUGAUCCGAAAGGAGAUGGACUGAGAACCUUGGUAGGUUUUGGAUGUUUAUAACCAGUUUAUAACCAACGGAUUAUAUCACCUGACAUGCUGUGAUCAUGUACCAAGAACAACCUAACAGUGCAGGAUAAACGUUUUCAACCUUUUUUCUGGGAUAAAAGAAUUCUUAGCUCAUCAUGUUUCUGAACUGUGGUCAACCGUUGCCUCUGCUGAGUGACAAGGAUGUACCCCCUCGUGUUACAGAAAACUUCAUCCUGUCAGGCUACCGGUUCCCAAACUACAGCCUGAGGGACUGCUUGUUGUCGGCAUUCAGGCCUACCAAUGAAACAGGAAACUUCUGGACACACUUCCUACCUAUCUUUAUUUUUGCUUACUACUUUCUACAGAUGUUCAGUUGGGAUGGUGCACCUGAUGCCGACGCCCCCUUCUUUUACCCAAUGUGGAACUACUUUAUUGGGGUGUUUUGUCUGCUCCUGGCCAGCAGCAUGGCCCAUCUGCUGAACUCAAUGUCUCUGGUCGUAAGGGAGGUUUGCUUCUUCGUUGAUUAUGGCACAAUCAGCGCUUACACAGUUGGCUCAUCAUUGGCGUACUACUUCUACAUCCAUCCUCGGGCAGGGAUAGUAGAGAGAGAAGACAGGAACGGCUCCUAUUUGGACCUAAACCACAAGCAUAAAGGAUUUUUAUCUCCUAAUGCCAUGCCAGAAUUCAACCUGUUCUUUGAGACCUACUACAUGCCAUGUGCAUGUGUUAUAGCAAUCAUAUGUGUUUUAUCUUGCUGUAACACUCGUCAGAGGUGGAGGGAGCAUCGAUACAUCAUACGAACCCUGGUUUUCCUACUGCCAUUCCUAAUUUCCUCCACACCGGUCUUCUACCGUGUCCUCACCAGAUCACCUUACUCCACCACCACGCCUUCCUUUGCUGCCUCCAUCACCAUGCCCAACUUCUUCUAUCGCCACUCUCUGUGGCUGCUGGUGUCGGCCCUUUUCAACAUCAGCAAGUUCCCAGAGAGACUGGCCCCAGGUCGAUUCGACAUCUGGGGCCACAGCCACCAGUGGUUCCACUGCUGCACAUUUUUGUCCAUCCUCGAUGAACUUCACAUGAUCCAGGCUGAGGUCAGAGCCAUCCUGCUCAAUCCUGAUUUUCUCUUACCCCCUACUGCGCUCUCCCGCCUACCUGGACCAACCAUUGCUUCCACCUACGGAGUGAUGCUCCUCCUCCAGACUACCAUUGUCUCAAUCAUUGUGUGUUUCUCCUGGCAUGCAAACUGUAUCUACGGCCCUCAAAGGGAUCAGCUAAAGAAACAAAUGAAAGUUGAGUAACCCAAGAGACAUCUUUGUUUAUUACUGUGAAAGAUGAUUUGCACAUGCCUAAAAGUGAGGGGCCUGACUGACACACCACCCUACAGGUCACUUCUGCAAAAUUAACAAUAGUCACCCUACUUUUACCUACUUAGUGGGUUUGUCGCUUUAUUUUGAGACUUUUCAAACAAUCAGCCUAAAUCAGAAUUGACAGGUCAGGUUUUUUAAAGAUUGGUGAUUCACUAUAAAACUACAAUUGGUGCACCCCUGCCAUGCCAUAAGAACUGCUCAUGAAAACAUUAUUGUCCAUGUGAUUUAAAGUCUCUCAGGCAUUCUGAGCCCAUCUGGGCCCAUUAUGAUGCUUAGGGAGACUGUAGGAGAUGACAGGAUUAUGUCUGGGCUCGCUCCAUGGAAGCUGUCUUGUUGAGUGGAUAUUUAAAGUCAUUGGCCCCCUGCCCCCAAGAACAGCUUCAUCAUGGAAUAUCUAAAAAGUGAGGAUAAAAGCUACCUCUGUGGGUUGGACACUUGAGAAUAGAGGUUGAUAUUUGAUUAUGAGUCUGCAGAAACUCUAGAGAUUAUGGUUUUUUCGCCCAAUUGUCCUCAUCCUGUCCAACUUUUUGUAGCACUGUUUUUUUUUGUUGUUUUUUUUCCAUUUCAUGCUCUGCUAUGUAUUUGAUUUUCCUCAGCUUUGAAAUUAACGACACCCACAUUGUCUUGCUUUGUUAUUUCCUUUUACGGCCUUGGUUAGCUACUCCAGGAAGUAACCAGGAAGUAUUUUCUCUUUCUUAACCCUACAGCAGGAAGUUGCACAGUUUUAAGAGCAUCAGCUCAACAGCUGAAACUUUGUAUGAGUCUUACAAUGAAGCACUUUCAGGGAGCCAGUCAGACUUACCCUACCUUUUAGAAAAGCCAUGCUCAUCUUUGAAUCUGAAAGGGUGAAAUUUGUUUGACAAACAUGUUAUGAUGUACUGCAGCUAGCUUAUUUAGAUUUUCUAGUUUAUUUAGAUGUGAAACUCAUUCAGGGUACAUUUGAUGCAGUUGUUGCUUCGGUUGUGUCCAGCCUUUGACACCACUCAGUAUCUUUGUCCUGGCAUCUUCUUCUCUUUUACUUAUAUACCACUCUUUUAGGUUAUUAAGAAUGAAGCUAAGGUUGUUUUUUACUUGGGGGGUUAGCUGCUCUCUGAACUUUUUCUUGCCUUUGGAUGUAGAGCAAUCUUUAGUUUAGAACUGGUUUCUGGAAAUGGCUGCAUUUGUUGUCCUUCAUUUGCUGGAAUCUGAAGGGACAGUUUAGUGUACAGGGUUUGUUUCACCUGUUUUAUUUAGCAACACUUAGAUUCAGUAGAUGUUUUCUUUAUUGAGAUUUUAUUGAAUUGAUUGGGUCUGGAUCAAAACAGAUGUCUACCACUGUAGAACAGAGGUUAAUAUUUUAUGGUGGUUCAACAUUUAUCUCUUUAAUAAAGUUAGAUACAAAUAAUUUGUCUUUUUACAGGAAGACUAAUUCUUGUUAAAGACUGUGGAGGUCCCAGUCUUGAACAAUGACAUUCCCAGAAAAAAAAGAUUGUGAGGAGGCUAUCUGGCUUGACAAUCUGGUGUGCAAAAACAAAUGUAAAAAUAUUCCAACUCCUUAUGUUAAAUGAACAUUGAUCUAGUAAUACUGAUGAUUUAAAGCACUUUACACUAUAACCACACUGUCAUUCAUAGGUAUAUAAGUAGGGGUUAAGGUACAUCAAUAUGUGGCAGUAGGAACCUGGAAUCUAACACUCAACUUUCCCAUUCCAAGACACUAUUAAAUCGCAUUGAACUUUACAUUCCAUUUAGCAAAACAAGUUUCUCUCUGUUAUAGUCUGUAGGCCAUAUUGACCUUUAUUGUAAAUAAUUCUACAUUUCUAUGUAAAUUAACCUCCAUUGCAAAUGUAGCCUUAGCAUGAAAUCUUCUGGUGCUGUUUUACAAUGGUAGGCAUCCACAGAAUGGUUAAUCUUUGUUUUUAUCCCAACUGAAGUCAUUUAAGAGGUUAACUACUGCAGUGAUAUUCUCUCCACAUAGCCACACUGUAUGCCAUUUUAACAGUAUUUUAAAGACAGCACAUUUCACCAAUCUUCAUGUCUUAAUACUGUAGCUCAGACAAAAUGAGUGGACGUGUUUGUUAGCGGCCUGACUCGUAUUCUUGGGCUGAUCUUUACCUCCAUGGUUUGCAAAUGACACUGGUGUGAUCUGAGACUGUGAUAUUAGGAAAAUAGAAUGCUAACUUCAUUUUAGCACACACUGAAGGCACCUUUAUGGAACUGCAAUGAAACAGGUGAGGCCUUUUCCUCUAUUGCGAGGUUAUGAGUUAAUCUGGUUUUUAAACAUUAAACAGUUUUAAUUUAUUGCAUUAUUGCCUGGUUUAGGAUUGGUUUUAAACUGCAUCAGUUUGUGUUGAUGAUGAAGCUGGAAAAAGAGCAAAAGUAUAGAGUUAGCUCUGGAAGCUAACAACUACCAUGGUUCUUCUGAAUAAAACAAAGCCUUACAUUAACGUUUAAAAACAGACUAUUUACAGAAUAGAAACACAACAGAAAACUAGUUGUAUUUUUUUGGAUGUCUUCUUUGACUGCAUGUCUGCAUCUGUGUAGUAAAUUCCAUGUUUUGCCAUUUAGAAAAAAUCUGUUGGCUUGGAAUGUUCUCCAUCCAUCCUGUGAUCCUGCCGAUGCAUUCAAGAACACUCUAACACAGGAAGUGAAAGUUGGAUCCAUUCCAUUAUUUCACAAAACACAACCAAACAAUAGAACUGUCUGCAUGGUUAUAGAUGUGUUUUCUGCUAUAUUCACAGCUGUGACAUGAUGGCUAAUUCUUAAUAAUGUAUCAUAUUAAUAUCUUACAACAUAGUUGAUUGAUUUUUGUUUAAAUAUAAAAAUUAUAUUCUGCACAUUUACUUACAAUCACUUGCACAUGAGAAAAUGAGAAGUGGACGCUGUUCAUUAAAAAAAAUGUGUUAUAAAGCACUUUAAAGCUUCUCCAAAGCUGAGAAAAAAGGUUUUAUACCUUGUUUUUGUGCUUGUAUAAAAUACAUGUGGAUUGUUUGAACAUCUUAAGAGUCAGAAUAUCAAGCACUUUAUAUAACAACCUUGUUUCCUUUGUCACCUGGCAGCAACACUGCUUGAACAACACAAGGUAGCAAUAAUGGUCCAAAGUGUCUCCCAUCCACCACAGUGUUUCCCAGAAGGCUGCUAAGUUUGUAUAUGAUUGAUAAUCAAGCUUAUUAAUUUCAGUAGUCAUUUUAUUCACUUUUGUUGGAAGCUAUGCUAACUGACAAUAAUUAUGUUUCCAAUUCUAAGUGAUCAUUUAAAAUGUUGCAAAAAACAAUGUAAAAUGUGAAUUUUGUGUUUCCAUCUUGUAGCUUGAAGUGAAUCAACCAGGUUAAUUUAAUCAGUUGUUGAUGCUGGGUGAACGUAGGAAACAAAAUCAAGUGGUUGCAAACUGGCAUGGACGAUACGAGUGGGACUGUAUUACACCGACACAUAUCAGGUUAGCUCUACUUUCUUUGACUGUAACAGUCAUAGGUAUUCAUCAGGUCUCCAGCUGAUGAAGUGAUGUUUCUACCUCUAAACAUCUGUGUCAAUCAUUGUGUGACUGAGAAAAAGCGUAACUGAAACAGACUUUGUUUCUGCCUCUUCACUGAAUCCAUCAAUGUUUAUGUGAAUGUUAGCAUCAGGCUACUUUAUCUAACUUAGUGAUGUACUCAGGGUUGACUCAAGAGGGAAUCAAAUGCAUUAUUUAGACAUGCUUUUAAUUAUUAAGUACUUGAGAAGGAGGACAUAAUGCUGCAAUACAGCAGCACAAUGUUGCUGCUGUAAAAAUCGUCUUGUUUUAUUAAAUAGCACUAUUAUCAUUUAAAUUGUUUGAAAUAAAUCAUACAAAUAACCA